GAAGAAAUAUUCGCCUUUGAAAGAGCUGUUUCGCGACUUGUGGAAAUGCAGGGAACUGAGUGGAUAGUAAAUACUAUUGUUUGCAUCAAAGAUCAAAAACACAUCGAACACACACUUCCACCGCACUUUGAACACCCUUCAACUGAACUAGCUUCAAGAACUGCGCCG